AUGCCUAUCCGUUCCCUCGUGACUCGUGCUAUUGCGCCCACUACCACCGUUGACGGUCAGGAGAAGCAGCACCAACAGCCAGAAGAAACAAAGCGGAAAAAGCCAUUUUUAUUAAAUGUUCGCUCGUCAGAUUACUUUAUAUUUGCAACAGCAGCUAUUGGACUCUUUACCAGUACCUUUGUUCAUUCAAUUCUAUUCCCACUCUCACCGUUCAUCAUUGACCGAAUAAACCAUAAAGACGAUGUAUCGCACGACUACAACACCUCACCUUUUUCGGCAUCAAGCGACGCAGAAACAUCAAGAGACACGGGCAUCCUCGUUGCCUCUUAUGCAGUCGGUCUUUUAGGCGAUAAGAUACGACAGCGCCGUAUACCAAUGCUUUUGGGCAUCUCUGCCUCGAUUGCUGCCAAUCUCAUGUUCAUGUUCGCAAUAGCAUAUUGGAUGCUACUCCUGGCAAGAUUUCUGCAGGGUGUGUCUAAUGCUUGCGUCUGGACAAUGUCGCUUUGCUUGGUUGCUGACAAUUGGCCAGAGAGCCAGCUUGGUUAUCAGAUGGGCAAACUGUUCGGCUUUUAUCCACUCGGCAUAGUUACGGGAUUGCCAAUUGGAGAAUGCGUAAAAUCAUGCAUGCUAACGAUUCCUCCCUCUCCUUUGAAUAUACCAUUAAUCACAGGCAUUCUUUACAGCAAGCUCGGUCAUCAAGCGCCAUUUAUUGCGUCCAUGGUGUUGUGCGGCAUCGACUUUUUCAUGCGGCUCGUAAUCGUCGAAAGAUGUCAUUUGCCAAAGGAAUGGUUUAUCAAACCCGAAGAUGAGGAAAACACUCCAAAGGACUCACAGCAACCCGCAGCAGAGGCGCCAUUUUCGCAACAUCAGUUACCUAACAUAUCCACGACCCAUACCAACAUCAGCAGCUGUUACAGUUUGAGCGACGAAUUUAACAACCAUGAUGGCAGCAACACUAACAGUAAUCAAACAAGGCAUAAAGUGACCUUGCUUCAGUUACUUCGACAGCCUCGUCUGCUUGUAUCGCUCAACCUCACCGUCGUAGUAGCAACCGUCAUGAGUUCUUUUGAGACUAUUCUGACAAUGCGACUGGCCACUGAAUGGCACUUUGACGAAGCUACAUGUGGCCUUAUAUUGCUUUCCUUUAUGGUCCCAAGUAUCGUAUCGGCGGCGUUUUCCGGAUGGCUCUGUGAUAGAUACGGAACAAAGAUUGUUGCCUUGAUAUCUCUCGUUCUGAUUGUACCCGUCGUAUUCCUAGUCACUAUUCCAAACAGAAACACGUCGUACUGGACACUUAUCAUUUACUUUAUUCUGGGCGGUGCUGCCAUGGCCGGUUCUCAAUCUACCGUGUUCCCUGAAAUUGCAGGCGUUGUUGCGAGCGCAAAUAAAUCAUCUAGUGAAAAAGAUGGCAUGGCAACAAGUUAUGCUUUAUUCAAUGCUGCAUAUGGCACUGGUAUGUCUCUUGGUCCUAUCCUAGCUGGGUUUGUCUACGGAUCAAUUGGCUUUUUCUGGCUUUGUGCAAUCCUUGCAUUCAUGUUCUUGAUAUGUAUCCCAUUUGCUUACCUUUAUACCGGCCAAAGUCGACAGCUCAUUGAUCGUUCAAAGAAGAUUACACACACGAUAACCAUGACGUCGUUGUCUUUGCCAUCGCAACAAUGCAAUACUGGCACAUGCGCUGUCAACAACAACACACUCCAGCAACACCCAUCACGCCAUUGCCCUCCGCCUACACUUUUCCUUAAUAAUAAUCCACAUAAUAAUAGCAGUACUCAUAAUAACAAUAGUAGCACAAUCAGUACCACCAACAAUUCUUAAAAAAUGAAAGUAUCUGAUGCAGCACUCUCUUCUUUUGUAACUUUUUUCUCUUCAUUAGGCUUCUCUCUGUUUUUUGUUGUAAUUUAUCUCGGUAUAAAAAGACAUAUAUUAAAACACAUGCACG